CCUGAACACAACAAUGAAUGGGAAAAUCAUCUACCUACACGUUUGUUUGCCACCGAUAGAUUCCCCAAGGCAUGGUUCAACGUUUACUCCAAAUCCAAUCAUCUCCUUUCCAUCCACAACAUCGAGCUGCUCCAAUUUGGCACCAUUACUGACAGUGGAAGAAUACUACGACUAGCGCUUAUAGUUAUUGUAGAUGGUGUUAUCAUUGCUACCGCACAGCAUCCUCGACCAACACCCAAAUAUGUAUCCAUGCUCGUAGACUUAGACUAUUUCCUAAACUUCCCAUGGGGGCGUAAGAGGGUCGCCGGCAAAUCCGAGGAUCCAAUUGGAACUUUAUGCGAGAAGCUGAAAACUGGAUCAAUGCGGCUUCAAGGAUUCCCUCUAAUACUUCAGUUCCUUGCCUUCAAAUGCAUCCCUUCCCUCAAAUCCUUACUAAAGCUUUCUGAUGAAAUGCCUACCCUCAUGCAAACCCUUGGGGAAGAGCUACCAAAACAACCUCCAAUACAAAUGGAUGAUAUCAUUAGAGUUGAGAACAACCCUAAGCUUGUUGUCACUUCGACUCUCUCGUUAGAAGCCCUCGUCGACGACGGUUGGGGAGAUUGGGAUGAUGAAUCAAAGGAUGCAAAGGUGAAGUACAUGGUUGACCGGAUCGACGAUGGCGAAAAAUUUGCAAAAUCAGAUUGGCCUGGCGGUGAUUCAUCUUUGCCUCUCCUUGUUGUUAAGCCCGUCAAACCGGUUGGAUUUACGAAACACGUCUCCGCACGACGGCCCAACAAAGGCAAAUUGGCAAAGAUCACCCCACCUGCCUCCUCAACAAAAAAUCCAACAGCCCGGCGCCUUAAAAAUACUCAACUUUAUAUAAACGCAAUCACACCC